AUGUCAUCGGACUCGAGUACACCACAACAAACAACAUCUAAAUCAAAAAGUAAAGAGGAUGACCGCCUUCUCACACUCAAACCAUCCACCUCUGAAGCUGAAGCCACUAUAUACAAUCAGCGAAUGUUCUGGAAUCUCGAGGAGGUCAUGACUUAUAUAGGCGCCCGCUACCCAUACUACCGUACCACCGUUCUCCCUAUCUGCAUCGUCUACUUCUUCAUCUAUUUUGCGUCUCGUGUCAUCUUGGAAACCAAGAAAAUGAGUCUGAACGAGGUGGCUGAAAACAACGGGACCCAUGAGUUCUUCUACUCGAAAUGUCUGCCGAACAACGAGGAUGACUCGCUGAAAGUUGCGGAAAAAGCGGACUUCCUGCAUGUGGAGAUCCCAAAGGGAGAGCUUACUAUAGUGAUGAAUGCGUUGUUCAUGUUCGCGACGACUACUAUCAGCCCAAGGAUUAUGGUACUCGUGUGUAUUGGGAUGAAUAGUUUGUGCUAUUUCAUCAUGUCGCAUUUCCCGACGCAGUUGCAGAUGAUGAUUUAUUUGUCGCAGAUUUUUACGGAGAUCUACCGUAUCGUCGCCACUGUCACCAUCGCCGAGUCCGUCCCAAAAUUCCAUCGGGUGCCUGCACUGGAGUAG